AUGUGUUCUGAUAAAUUAGAAGAGCCGAGUAAAUCAGGUGAAAUUGAAGCUGUAACCAAAGCGAAGGGAUUUUAUGAAGCUUGCAUGAACACAGAGGCAAUUGAAAGAGAGGGAAAUGUUCCCUUGCAUAAACUAAUGGAAGACUUAGGAGGACUUCCAGUGUUGGGAUCAGAAUCAGGUGGAAAAUGGAAUCAAAAUGCUUACUCUUUUGAGGAUCUCAUCGUCAUUUCUUUUCAAGUGACAGAUUCCGUACCGAUACUUUAUGUUCAUUUAGAUGAUGUUUAUUUGGUCGGCCAAGAAAAAUACCGGCUUAACUUUGAUCAACCGAGUCUUAAUCUACCCAGACAACUUUAUCUUCAAGGAAAGGAAGACCCGGCUUUAAUGGCACUCAAAACGUAUUACCUAGAGCUAUUUCAAGCGUUUGGGGCAAAUGAAUCCGCAGCCGCAAAAUUCGCUGAAAAUACCUUAGAUCUUGAAAUUGACCUUGCAAACAUAAGUUCAGACAAUCAGUACGAAUCGUCGGUUAUAAAAAUUGUUCCAGUCAGUAGCCUUCAGGAAUUUGGAGUCACGGCGAAUUUUUCGCAAAUUGUUGAGGGUAUUUAUCAAAGUGGUGGAUAUUCCUUGAAUGCUUCUGAUGUAGUCACUAUAUUUUCAAUCGGCUAUUUCAAUAACACCGUCACUGUGCUCAAUAAACACUCAAACAGUGUUAUUGCUAAUUAUAUUGUUACCAAGGUUGUUAUGACACAAGUUAACUUUCUGCCACGUAUCUAUACAGAUAUUACUGAGCGAUUUCUAGCAGCUUCUGGACAGGCGAGUAACUCUGCCUCAACUAGACUUGAAUAUUGUGUUAAUAUGUUGAGAGAUAGGAUGCCUGAUGUCAUAACUCGAAUCUUCGCAAAGGAAGCUUUUCUUGAAAAAGAUCGACGUUACAAACUGUUAUCUGAUUAA